AUGAACUCCUCCAAGGAAGUUAUCAUCAUUGGUGGAGGCAUCUCCGGUCUCGGUAUGGCAGUACAAUUGAAGCGGAUGCUUGGCCAUGACAGUUUUACCAUCUAUGAGAAAUCCGAUAACAUCGGGGGAACCUGGUGGCACAAUCGGUAUCCCGGGUGUGCUUGUGAUAUUCCCAGUCAUUUCUACUCUUUUAGCUUUGCUUUGAAGCCGGAUUGGACGACCAUGUAUCCAGGACGUGAUGAGUUGCAUGGAUAUUUCAUGUCUGUCGCUGAGAAGUACGACAUUAUCCCUCACUGCCGAUUCAACGCCAUGUGUCUUGGCCUGGUCUGGGACACCACUCGUUCUUUGUGGGUGUGUACAUUUCAGGACACAAUCAGUGGAGAGAUUUACAUAAGAGAAGCUCCCGUGGUAGUCAGUGCAGUUGGCACACUGGAUCGUCCUUUCAUUCCUGAAAUCGAGGGAUCAGAAACGUUCACGGGCAAAACCUUCCACAGUGCGCGUUGGGACGACACUUGUAAACCUCAAGGAAAACAGAUUGUCGUCCUUGGUAAUGGCGCAUCAGCCACCCAGUUUGUUCCCGAGUUGGGAAACCCGAAGUACUCUGAAAUCUUUAAGAUGAUGAUGAAAUAUGUGCCAUCUGCAGCUCGUGCAUACCGCUUGCUCUUGGCGUGGGAACUGGAGAGCGUGUUUUUCUCAUUCCAAAUGAAUGAGAGAGGUAGGGCUAUGCGUCAGCAAACUCGAGACGCCACCCAUUCCUAUAUCGAGAACGAUGCUCCCUCGAAAUAUCGUGAGAUUUUAAGACCCGACUAUGAGCCUGGCUGCAAACGCCGAGUCAACACUUCAACAUACCUCGCUUCGCUGCAUUCGCCACAGAUGUGCCUGACCAAGGAUCGUGUCGUCAAGAUCGGUCCAGACCACGUGGUUACCGAAGCAGGAGACCGAUACCCUGCAGAUACCAUUAUUUACGCCACCGGGUUCCUCACUCAGAAGUGGCUCCAUCCUAUCGAGGUCAAAGGCAUCGGGGGAAGGGACUUGCAUCAGGUAUGGGAGCUGUCUGGCGGUGCCGAGGCCUACAAAGGCACCGUAGUCACUGGUUUCCCGAACUUCUUCAUUUUAUAUGGGCCCAAUGCUGCUACUGGUCAGCAUUCUGUCAUCUUCCACUCGGAAUGUCAGAUCAACUACUCGUGUCGCCUCCUCCGGAUGGUCUUGGGUGGGCAGGCUGACUCUAUCAUUGUCAAGCCGAUGGCACAGAAGCGCGACCUCACCUGGGUGCACAAAAAGCUUCAGGGACUUGUAUUUAACAGCGGCUGCCAGAGCUGGUGGAUGGACCCUGUCACGAAGAAGAACACGUUCAUCUACCCCGACCCCAUGUAUAAGUACUGGGCGCGCACGAUCUUCCCACGCUGGUCAGACUUCGAAGUUAAAGCAAGCCAGCCAAAACACAGUUUCGACGUGACAAUUAUUGGAAUUGCGCUAUCUUUGUGUGCAUUGACGUGGUCCUUUACCUCGCUCGGCGGUACCGCUAAGUUGUUUGAGGGAGCAAGUUGGCUGGCGGCCAGAAAGUGGUUUACGAAUUACCUGUGA